CUUAAUAGUAACUCGUGUCUGUUGACCAACUAGGUCCAUGGUUGAGUAAAACAUUCAUAACUUGAACUUUGAAUUAAUAUAGGGAUAUUUGCUUACCGAAUUCAUAUAGUGUUUACGAUACUCUUUAUCUUCAUUAUACAGAAUUUAUGAUCACGAUCUCUGCCUAAUGUGGACUCGGCGCAAGGCCAACGCGUAAACAAUGGCUUUGUUUGAAGUAUAUAUAUAAUUACUAUGAGAAACAGAACGGGUCAAACCAGACUCCAAUCGUCGCUUGUUCUUUCCGAGGUUCUUACCAGCAUGUCAUCUUAUAGAUCGCCGAAAUGUUGUGCGAAGAAAUUCUGUGCAAUGGUCACAUUGUCCAUUUUUCUUCUGGUCAGCUCUGCUUGGAUGUUUCUAAAAGUCGUUGAUCAGAAUCCAUAUGGGUUUGGCUGGCUGAGGACCGUUCAUUGGACACCAGGGACCCUACAAGUGGAUUCCUAUGGCUUUCCGAUCAAUCCGAUGGAUACGUGUAAGGAAGGGAUUACCACGAUCAAGCUGCUGGUUUUGGUGAAGUCCGCACCCUCUCAUAAAUCACUCAGGGAUGCCAUACGAGAGACCUAUGCCAGUGGUAUCAAGGAGUACAAUGUGUCUGCAAGGGUGUUGUUUGUCCUAGGAAACACUGAGGAUGAGCAGAACCGAAAAGCCAUCGGGAAAGAAGCUGAACUGUACGGGGAUAUCUUACAAGUGGACUUUACCGACCAUUACUAUAACCUCACCAUCAAACUCGUUAUGAGCUUUGAAUGGGUGGUCAACUUCUGUCGGGACACUGAGUUUGUGAUGUCCAUAGACGAUGAUGUUAUGCUUGACGUUGUGACUCUUGUCCAGGAUUUAGAAGCGCUACCAAUGGAGCGUCAGUCGGACUUCUUCCUGGGGAUGCCAAACACCUACCCACCAAACCGUAAGGUGUUCAGCAAAUGGUACAUCCCGAGAGAGUUGUACCCAGAGGAUACCUACCCAGUGUCACCGUUUGGUCAUGGAUAUGUAAUGUCACAGGAUGUGGUACAGAAGCUCUACGAAGCCUCCAAAGAAUACCCUCCUAUAGUUCCAUUUGAUGACGUCUACUGUGGAAUGCUUUUGCAAAGGAAACACAUCGACAUUGUCAACAGACUAAACUUCUACAAAGAGCUUCAUCCGAAGAGAAGAUCCAAAGACUACAUGAUGCUCGAACUCUCAGAGGGGGCCAUGAAACGAACUUGGGCAUCCAUGCGCUUCGGGACCCUAUUCGAAAAUCCCCAAAAUUUCACAUGUACCAAUUCAGUAUUGUUUUGGUUGAUAUUACUAUUAUUACUCAUAAUCAUUAUUGUAAAGUAUUUGCACCAUGCCAGUAUUGACCACCAGAUAACUCCUUCGUAGUUACACAUUUGAAGACAUACAGUUGUGCUCAAAAUUUAGUGAACCCUACCACAAAAUGCACUCCUUAAUUCAUGCUGACUGUUGAAUGUAGACAACAGCACUACAAUGUUUGGCGAGCCAAGAUAAACACCUUUUAUUGAAUGUAAUAUUAUGUUUCCUUACUUCACAUUUAAAUAUCUAGCACAUGGCAGAACCUGAACACUUUGAAAUAUGAUAAUUUUCCGGUUUGAUUCGCUAACCUUUGAGCAUCACUGUAUAUAGUCAAUUGGUCUACAAGCCUAAUUGUCGUUUAAUUAUGCACUUCACUUCCUUCGUCUUCAUCAUCUGCUAAUGAAGCUGAAUAGUUGAUCCAAUAUCCACCUUAUCUAGUUUUUAUUUUUACUUUGUCAAAUGAGAAUUUGGUUGAUAAAAAGUUUGACAUAUCCAUAAAGACUAAGUAGACAUUAGACGAAGUGGUUAAAGCCUUAAUGGAAAAUAGACAUAAUGGUAGGAAGAUGAAGUGGCAGUUAGACCAAAAGGUUUUUAAACGAACUGAUUGGAGACAAAAUGGGUUAGAUCAUCUGGGGCCCGUUGCAGAAAGUGUUGCAAUCAAUCGCAAGUCUAAAAAUUUAAGCGCAACUUGAUCUUCAACCAAUCAACAGCGCGCAUUUGGGGCUUGCGAUUGACUUUUUGGCUUGCGUUUAAACGCAACUCUUUCUGCAACGGGCCCCUGGGCUGAGACCAAGCGGGCAGUAGCCACAGUGAUUGUAGACUAAUUUACCCUGUCUUUUAUGCUGGUCAAAGACUGUCUUUGUGAAGAGAGAAUUUCGAAUUUGAAACAACAAACUACAGAAGUGUACAUGAACAUUCUGUCGGAUGUGUAAUUGCAUUAGGAUUCGCGGAGAAGAGAUAUGAAGAAAAACACUGUAUUACUUGUAUUAAGGAAGUUGCUUUAAGUGUUUGUGGAGUUUCACUUUCAUUGUAAGUCUUUUUUUUAUUUUUUUUGUUUAGUGAAAGGAAUAUUACACUGAAGUCAAUUGGAUGAAAAUAAUAGGAAGUAAAUCGUUUGAAAAAUAAAAUCUCGAAAAGAAUAUGACACGAUGAGGAUCAAGUAAUGAGGAAGUGUUUUUGCUGUAAACUAUAUUUACCAUAAAACUAUAAAAUAUUGGCAGCUAUACAGGUAUAAACUGAGAGUAUAGAAGUAUGUUAUGAAAUUUGAUAUCAAGGGUAAAUUCUACAGAAUUUAAAAAGAAAGGCUUGCGAUUUUCAUGGGUAGGCUUAUCUAAAAAAAACCUUUGACCGAGGUAAUAUUAAUAUUAAUAAUAAUGAUAAUAAUGAUAAUAAUAAUAAUAAUAACAAUUACGUAUAUGUCCAAUUACUAAAGUCGAGAGGAAAUUACUUAACUGGUCUUCAGUGUAACUACCUCAUAUGAUGUCAUUACAUCAUCUAUAUAAUCAUUUGAUGUGUUUGAUGAUCUGUUAACGCAUUUACUGUAACUUUCUUUCACUGGAAAACAUACAUUUUCUUAUAAAGGAACUACCUCAACUAGCUCGAAAAAGAAGUUAGUUUUUCAUUUUUUUCAUAAGCAUAUCAUAUUAAUUUUCCAUGAUGAUUCAAAGACAUUCUUGACCUUUGCUUGAUUCGUUCAAUAUCUACAUGAUUAACUGAAAUAACAAUGAGUGCGUUUGGGGAAAGGGUGGGUGUGCUAAUAAUCGUGUUGCAAAAUGUUCUAUAUUUAAAAUGUCUACUUUACCAUGUUUACUUUGUUUUUAUUAUUCAAUCAUGUAUGUUGGUUUUGCAUUUUUAUAGCUGUAGUAUUACAUUUGUAUACGAACUUGCCAAUAAGAAGUCUUCAGCUGAUAUGUGUGUAAACCGUAUUAAAAUAAAUAGCACUAACAAAUAAUUAAGCUGUAAAGUAAUAGAAGGAACAUGAAUAUAAUUUUCUCUUUGAAGUAUCACAUAUGUGCCUUAUAGUAUACACUAAUACACUGAUAGGAUAAAAGUUUAAAUUAUUUGUUGAGGGAUAUAUUUUGUUUUUUCUACUGGCGAGCACAUGCAAAACAGAGUCAGGAACACAACGCAUUUUCUUUAUUUUUUGUUUCAUUUAUUUCAUUUAUUUCACUCGAUAAAAAUAAUAUAUAUACAGGUAAAUAAGAAAUACAUAAUGACAAGAACAAAACAAAGUAACAAAAAUGACAAUACAGUAAAUAGUGUGCAAAACAGGCUUCGAGUGUGGACUGGCAUUAAAGAUCUGUUGGAUCUUAGAAGUUCCAGCCCAAUAAAGAAAGAAAAAGAAGGGAUAAAAAAUAGAACAUACAAAAAAAAAAGACAGACUCGCAGUUGUAAUGUGUGGUUUUAUACCAGGCACAUAUACAUGGAUGCAUACUUUGAUCAUUGCUGCAUAUUAUUAUGAUUUGUAAAACACACAAGAACAAAAUACAAACUACCACGUAUGGGAUUGACAUUAAACAUAAAUUUAUCUACAAACCAAAUAAUUUCAGUUAACACUUAGGGGGUGUUGCAAAAAUAUUAGCAAUCAAUUGCAAAUUUCAGAUAAAAAAUUACAAGAAACAAAUCGAAUUUAACUAAAACAAACUAUCAAUAUAUAUUUUUUUGAUACAGGAAGCUGACCAUAAAUCAAUAGCAAAUUUGCAAUUAAUUGCAUGACUUUGAAUUGAUUUUGGGACCUAAUGUUGACUUGCGAUCAACUGCAAGUUUCUUGCAAUACCCCAUUAGAUUAAAUGAUAAUGUGGUUGUCCGAACUGAAACCAUCAGCCGUUGAAGGCUGACGUACUGUACGUGAAGCCAGUCGUUUUUUCCUGCAAUCUUAUUUCUUAUAUUCCUAUUUUUCAAGCAUUCCAGUCCUGGUAUCAAGAUAUUGCAUUUUGUUAACAGAAUUCGUAAUUCUUUAUAUGAAGAUUUAUUUGUGUUUUUUUUAAUGCAGUAAAUUAAUAAACAGUUGCAGGAGCCUCCCAAGACCACCCCCCAUCUUUACGCCAGUGACAUUCACCGGAGAUAAUGUUUUUUCCCAUUUGCUGGCGAGCAAUAAAAUUAUUGUUUAACCGUGCCAGGGGUAGCCGAUGUUGGACAUUGAUUUAUUUGUAUUUGGACAUAUAAUGUUUCUACAGUUUGUGAGUCACAUACACAAAUAUGGCAGAAAUAUUGUACUGUAUUAUACAGCACACGGCGUUGUGUAAAUAUGAUGUGUAUGUAUUCAUAUGAAUGUGAUGUUUGAGGAAUUAUAACUAACAAUAACAAUGUUUAGAUAUAAAAAGUUUGAAUUUUGAAUUUCAUUUUUUUAUUAUGUUUUUAAAUUUAGAAUUCCAAAUUUAGUAUUCCAAAUUCUAAAUUCUGAAUUUCAAAUUUUGUUUUUGAAUUUUAAGAUAUAACUUAUGAUCUUAUAUUGAAAGAGAAUGUUUUUUUUCGUGUAGGCUACGCCGUUUUGAUUAAAGAGAACUGUUUGCUUCUAAUGUAGGACUGUUAUUUUGACAUUUUGUUUCCUUUUAUGUUUACAUUCUUGAUGCUUCUGUUGUCAUCAAUUUUCAUUUUACUUUCAACCUGCUUCUCUUGUCAUUCUUUCCCCCAUUGAGAUGUGUUAAUUCAUGACAUUCCAACAUCUGAUUCUUUUGUUCAACAUUCUUAUUAUGUAAUCAUCCCAACAUCUUAUUUCAUCUCCGUCCACCUACUGGUUAUUUUUAUGAAUUAGACCCCUCCACUUUUAGUUGGUUCCUCCACUCUGUUUGUCUGUUUGAUAGGUUGAUUUUACUUAAUUUGAAUAUAUGUAAAUUGUGGAUAUAAUUUGAGUCACGAUGUGGCAAAGCAGCCCUCUAAUAAAAUCAGUGCACUACAAUA